AUGACUGACCAACCUUAUCUCAACCACACGCCCCUUCUUCAUCCCCGUCUUCCCUUCUUUCGCCGAUUUGAGCUCGGAUCGACGGUACAUUUCUAUAAAAAUGAGGAUAUCCGGCUUAGAGUGGCAGCGUCAGCAGAAGCCUCUUAUCCAGAUUCAAUAAUUGCAAAUUUAGACCGUUCAACUUUGCUUGGCGCGAUUAAAUCGGGUGACGCUUGGAUGUUCCCAAAGGGUGGUCUGGAAUUGAAGAUCUACAUCAUGAUUGAAAGCCCUUUGCAUAAGCUCAAGGUCUCUAUCGACGGGAUAUUGAAAAAAUUGAAAACUACUAUAAUUGAAUCACAGCUUUGGCAUGAUCUCCAAAUUUCCAAGGUAUUUGACAAUGACGAGAUUCUAACGACUCAAGAAGGGGUUCAUUCCUUAAAUGUUGUCUUCGAAUUCCAACAGAAGUCAGAGCAAUUUCCGCAGUCUAAACCACCACGGAUGCCCUAUGUCCUAAUUAACACUGGCUCCUCAACUGUCGACCCUCCCCCCACUGUUCUCCGAAUUUUCCUUCACAAUAUCAGUAUUUUCUUUAGCUUCUCGUCAGCAUCUUCAAAUAACAUCCAGGAAGGUAGCUUCGGCGACAUUUCCAGUUCUAAUAGCUCUGAAGAUCUAUCAUCCAUGCUUCAGCCACAAGGCGGUCGUCCCCAAGAUGAGAUGGGGUGCGGGCGAGAUGACAUCUCUAUUGGUGGAUCUCAAAUGACCGCCUGGGGUGAUGAUGAUUGGAUGUCUCUGGAUUAUGUCUCCCCCUUUUGCAGCCAGCAAACGUCUUACCAUUGUCGUUGCGGUGCCAUAUCCUCGCUCCAAACUGAGCCUCUGGAAGUUCCCGAGGCUACAUAUCAGCCAUUCAUGAAACUUCUCAAUAGUGGAUUCCGCACAUUGCUAUGCAGAACUGGUCGCCAAAGCACAUCUAAUAUCACAAGAAUUAUUGAAAUUCCCGGCCCGAGUUUACAAGAAUUUGCCCCCAGCUUGUUCGUACCUGGAUACGAUGAUCGCUCACGUUUUAUCCCUAUGAUAUCUAAAGGGAUCGCCGCGAUGCUGGAUAAUGUUCCCCGCCCGAAUGCCGGUACUCAAUUAGAACGCGCUGCGAUUGGCUCGAUUUGUUCUGAAAGAAAUUCUGAACCCUAUGGAACAUCCAAUGACUUCGCGCAUACCAAAAAUACAAAAUCAGCGCUAAAAACUCUUCUUUGGAAAUCGAUGCAGCGUCGCCUUUUUACUCCCGACGCAGCACGGCAAUUACCCGGCGUAAUAACGCCGCUGAAACUUAAAAAUAAUGGAGCAUCACAAAAUACCAUACCCGCAAUAUCAUUAGCCCAUACGACUACAAUUAUAACGGGCCUAAUUAAUGAUCAGAGUCCGCAUGCAGACCGUAUAUCAGAUACAGAAUGGUGUUUCGCGAAGGAUAGCGAUAUCCUCCUCGCAGACGAAUUAGACUCCGAAAAUGGCGACCGCAAUACCUAUUUCACCAACCUCUUCCAAAUCCAACACCCAAUCCAACACCCAUAUUGCAUGGGCGUCACCAAUCCCAACUACGAUGGCGAACGUGACCUACCCGACAACCCCAACACAGCAGGCAAGCCAUCCCCAUCUCCACCCCCCAUAGCUUCCAGCAUCCACGAUGAUCUAGAUAUGUUAGAUGACCGCGAACAAGAAGCAACUUUAAUCACCGACAUCCCUGAUUUUCCCCUUCUACAAAUCACAAAAUCCCGACCAUCUUCAAUGUCCCUCACCCCUGUGAUCAGAAACACUACCACAACUACAGCCACAGCCACAUCCAAAGCGUUAAUCUCAAUCCCUCCCUCCCCACCCAGCAGCGAAAUGGAAAUUCUCGACCCAUCCUCGCCAGUCACGAUACCAGAGGAGUUCUUGCUCUCGCUCUCCUCCACACAUCAUGGGCCCCAUGCCACCAUUACUACUGCCCAGGCUAGCAAUUUCGUUGAUGAAAUAUUGCCUAAAUAUUUCAGCCCUAAUGAAAGUUACGGUCGUAGUCUUGGUGGCGGCGGCGGCGGCGAUGGAUGCGGAACCGGGGAUUCGGAAAUGUUAUUGCUAUAG